AUGGAUGAUACAGCACGUCGUCGUUGCAAAGUAAAAGCUGGACGUUUAGGUUAUCUAUCUCCAUCAUGUGCAACUCUUGCUAAAUUUCUUGGUCUUUCUUCACGGCAGUUAAUGCAAGCUCUGAAAUACUUUCUAAUUGCAUAUUAUAGUCUUCUUGUUCUUCUUGAGCUUGUUUUAUCAUAUUCUCAGCAUCAGUCUUUGUCCAUCCAGUAA